CGACGUCGACGGCGACGUCGCUUCGACGUCGGCGCAGUACGCCGUCGCGUAACCAGAGCCGCUGCGUCGCGUCGCGUCGCAUCGGGUCGACGAUCUAUCCGAUGGCAAACCAGUGUUCCGACUUUUCUCGGCUUUUGCGUCGCGUGUCCCGCUUCCGUCCCGACGCCGACGCCGACGCCGACGCCGUCGUCGCCGUCGCCGCCGCCGUCGUCGUCGCGUCGUUAUCAUCAUCACGAUCCCGUCCGAUCGUUAACAUCAGCGUUACUUGAUCACGUAAAUCUCGCGUACAGCAGCAGAGUUUGUCGCGCCGAAUUUAUACGUUAAUCGGACGUCGCGCCGAAAUUUGCGCCGACCGGGGGCGGCUCGGCCCGUUGACGGCGAGCGACAUCGUCGGACGACACCCAGAGAUGCCCAAUGUCGAUCUUAUGAUCCGCCAUGGCAUGAGAAACUACCGGGACAUGUGCCUUUCCGCUUCUUAUUGAUCGGCGUGUUCCGACCGGUGCGACCAUAUUUCGCGGCCUGCAAAAGAGAUCUCGAGGAUUCCAAACUGUCCAGUGAAAAGUUCGCAGCCCCUGAAAGAAUUUGUUGGCCGCUGUCAAACCAUGCCGUCACGAGUGAAGAAAUCGUUUUGUGGCUGCCUGCAGGAUGACGAGCCACCGGAAAUCACGUAUUGCGUUGUGGAACACACGGGUACACUCACGCUACAAGCAAUGACGCCGACCUUACCAAUGCCGGCUGAGGAGGAGCUGAAUAAAAUGUUCCUCGAGCUCGUCGACGAACUCGACCUAACUCAAACCAAUCGGCAAGCAGUUUUGGCACUUCCAGCUAAUAAAAAGUGGCAGAUAUAUUGUUCCAGAAAAGGAAAUGGCACGUUGGACAACGGUGGCUUGCGCACCACUGACCUUAGCGGCGAUCCCGAGGACUAUAUCAAUAGAUUGAGGACGAUAGCGAGUAAUCCUUUCCCGGAGGAAGACGAGGAGAUAUCGAAUCAAAUGCGUCAAGCAGAAGCUCUAAAGACUGCCCUGAGGACGCAGCCGCACAGCUUCGUUCUCAGAUUUAUAGAACUAAAUGGCUUAAACGCUUUAUUACAAGUAUUAGGAACUAUGGACACUGAAGCAGCUAACAGCAAUCUCCACACUAGUGUUAUAGGAUGUUUAAAAGCUUUAAUGAACAAUUCGAACGGUAGAGCGCACGUGUUGGCACAUCCAACGGCAAUUAACACGAUAUCACAGUCGCUCGCGUCUGAGAAUAUAAAGACGAAAAUCUCUGUGCUGGAGAUUCUCGGUGCAGUUUGUCUGGUGCCAGGCGGUCACCGCAAAGUUCUAGAGGCCAUGUUGCACUUCCAACAGUAUCAUUCCGAGAGAACGCGCUUCCAGUGUAUAAUCAACGAUCUUGACAAAAACUUCGGCAUUUAUAAAGACAAUUUAUCUCUGAAAACAGCGAUCAUGUCGUUUAUCAAUGCCGUGCUAAACUACGGACCUGGCCAGGUGACACUAGAGUUUAGGCUACACCUAAGAUAUGAACUAUUGAUGCUCGGCAUCCAGCCUAUUAUUGAGAAACUAAGAAAAUACGAGAAUGAGACGCUCGAUAGGCAUCUCGAUUUUUUUGAAAUGGUGCGAAAUGAAGACGAGAAAGAACUCGCCAGGAAGUUCGAGAAGGAACACGUGGACACUAAGAGUGCCAGUGCCAUGUUCGAUCUUUUGCGACGGAAACUCAGCCACACUGCUGCUUAUCCUCAUCUUCUUAGCUUACUUGAACAUUGUCUUUUGUUGCCGCUGGAUUACGGCUCGCAUCCUCAACAUUGGUUGUUGUUCGAUCGGAUCGUUCAGCAGAUCGUUUUACAAUCCGAAAGCAACGAAACGGGAUUAGUGAGAAAUCCCGAUGUGGCCCCGAUUGAAAUAAAUGUGAAAGAGAUCGUUCAUCUUCUCGCAAAAGAAGAGGAACUCGUGGCAGCAAGAAAAAAGGCCGAAGAAAUGGAACGCGAAAAUUUGGACAUGUCCACGAGAUUGGCUAAAAAGGAGCAAGAACUAGAUUUGAGGACUCAGGAAAAGGAAGAUAUGGAAGCAAGUCUAGCAAGAAUCAAAGAACGCCUUGAGAAAGAGACGUCGAUGCACAUAGAGACAAAACAAAAAAUUUCUGAAUUGCAAGACAAUCUGGAGAUGUUGUCGCGACAAAUAAACAACGAGAAAUCCGAGAGGAAACGUCUAGAGCAACUAGUAGCCUCGGGAAGUUUGCCAGACGACGCGAAGGCUACUCUGAAAAUUGUCGAAGAUGAAGUACUCGAGAAGCUAGAGGCUAAACCCACCCCGCCACCACCGCCGCCUCCUCCAUUAGCGCCCCCGCCACCUCCUUGCCUAAUGCCGGCUGCUCCUCCACCCAUGAAGGUGGAGAUAAUAAAGAAUGUCCCACAACCGAGUAAUCCUUUGAAAUCGUUCAACUGGUCGAAGAUACCUGAGCAGAAAUUGCAGGGUACAAUAUGGUCAGAGCUGGACGAUACGAAGCUAUACAACGUAAUGGAUCUCGAGUCCAUUGAUAAAAUCUUUUGCGCCUAUCAAAAGAAUGGCGUUUCCACGGAAGGCUCGAUAGAAGACUUGAGGACAUUAGGAAAGAAUAAGAAGACGAUGUCGGUAAUCGAUUCAAGAAGAGCGCAGAAUUGCACUAUACUAUUGUCGAAAUUGAAGAUGUCCGAUAAUGAGAUUACCAGAACGAUACUGUCGAUGGACCAGCAAAAUAUUUUACACAUCGAUAUGGUGGAGCAGCUACUAAAGUACAUACCAUCCUCGGAAGAAGCUGCUUCGUUAGAUAUCCAUCAAAAGGAAUUGCAAAACAGGGCUGACUGUUUCUUAUAUCAAAUAUCAAAGGUGCCACAUUAUGAACAGAGAUUGCGUUCUCUUCAUUACAAGAAAAAAUUCGCAGCUAGCAUUGCGGAACUGACGCCGAGGAUGCGGGCAGUUUUAGAAGCAAGCCGACAAGUGGCCAGAUCAAGAAGACUCAGAAAACUUUUGGAAUUAGUCUUAGCAUUGGGAAAUUAUGUAAAUCGCGGGAAUGCGCGGGGUAACGCGUGCGGCUUUCGAUUAGCUUCUUUGAAUCGUCUAGUCGACACAAAGUCUUCUUGCUCCAAGGGUACGACUCUGCUACAUUAUCUCGUGCAGAUUCUCGAAGCCAGAUUCAGAGAGGUCUUAGAAAUCGAAGAGGAUAUGCCACACGUUAAAACUGCUGCUAAAGUUAGUAUGGCAGAUUUGCAGAAGGAAGUGGCCAACUUGAAAAACGGAUUGCAGGAUGUUCAAAGAGAAAUAGAAUUUCAUCGGGGUCAAUCUCAAGUGCUUCAAGGUGACAUGUUUUUACCGGCGAUGAGGGACUUCCAGGCGCAAGCCACAUGUAGAUUAGCAGAGGCAGAAGACUUAUUCCAAGACAUGAAAACAAGGUUUGAUCGAGCAGUGAGAUUGUUCGGUGAAGAUUCGGCUGGCGUUCAACCAGAUGAAUUCUUUGGCAUUUUUGAAAAUUUUUUACAAGCUCUAACGGAAGCGAGACAAGAUGUAGAAAAUAUGAGGAAGAAAAUCGAAGAAGAGGAACGUAGGGCGAAGCAAGAACAGGAACUCCGAAAGAGAACGAUAGAGAGGAAGAACUCGCGGGAGGGUAUACUAAACAGCAUAUCGCUAAGUAAGAAGAAUGAAGCAAACAGUAACGGACAACAGCACGAUAAUAAAGGUGAAUUCGACGAUUUAAUAUCCGCUCUUCGAACUGGCGAUGUAUUCGGCGAGGAUAUCGCUAAAUUCAAAAGAUCCAAAAGACGACCUGUUACACCUAGCGGUCAAGAAUCACGAAGGCACAGCACUCACAAGGAAGAUUCACGGGAACGUCAUUAGAACCCCAAUGGAUCCAUCAAAUUUGAUAGACAGGUCAUCUCUUAGCAUAAAAAUUUUUCACAGACAAAACAAUUUGUUUAUUAAACACUUAUCGUGUUUAAAAGCACAUUAUAAUUCAUCUAAUUCUAAUUACAAAUACAUUUUAUGAAAAUUAACGACAGAUAAUAUUGCAUAACAUUAUUUACAAGCGCUUCGAUUUCACAUUACACACGAAAGUCAUAUUGAUUUAAUAGUACGUUUUCAUACAUGUAUAGUAUCUACACAGGAGACGUGAAAUUUUCUUUUAAAUCAAGCUCGGGAACAUUUCUUAACUUUAAAUGGUAUUAGAAAAACUUUUACACAAUAUAAAUACCUAUUCUGUAGUACACCUAUUGUAUAUCAGAUAUAAAUGCAAUAAGACUUUUCAUAAAAAUUUUGUAUGAGAAAUUGAGCCUUACUUUUAAAUUUUUUUCAUAGAAAUUUACUAUUAAUAUACUAUCAAUACUACGUAAGGUGCAAACAAAUCUAUAAGUAUAUUAUUUAUAAGAAUUUUAUAACAAAUCACAAGAAAUUUUAGAUUUCCGUAUACUUUAAAGAAAUUUUGUGUACGUAAGGCUAAUCACUUUGAUGGAAAAAAGUUAAUCGGAUACAGAGUUAAUGUUAAUAGAAAAUUUCUUUGGUAAAUUGAAUGUAAUUCUCCCAAAAUUUGAUUUGAUUAAUGUUAACCAAUUACCAAGCUGCAAUUAAACGUGGCAUAACGUAUAAAACAAUUACCAAAUAAUUGUUAAAAUUUUUUUCAUUACAAUAAUAGGUUUUAAAAAGUAAAAUAGUGAUUAGAAAUAAUUACGUAAUCAAAUAGUGCAUAUUGAGUACGUGCAAUUUGUCUUGCAAUCUUCCUAUCUCGAAGAAAUAAUUAUCUUUCUUUAUAAAAGGCAUAUCAAAUUUUUAAUAUUAUUUAAUCGAAAAUUACGAUGUAAAUUAAUAUAGAGAUGUAAAUUUUGACUUACAAUACGAAUAGAACAUUUGUAGAUGAGUGCAAAGUUUAAUAUGUAUUCUUUUUAUUUAAGUGAAUAUGCUCUUAAACGUAUAACGUCAACAAUAACUCAAGUACACCUAACGUUUUGAAUAAAUACAAAGAAUAACAAUAAGUAUUUGUAUGUAAAAAUUAAAUUAUAUAAAUGGUUGUAUACAAAAAUUCUUUUGCAUAAGGCUUUAACUUUAUUUGUUUCAUUAAUUGAAUUUGACUAGAAUUAACCGCAAUACUUACAUCGCAAAAUCUUGACAACAACAAUUUUCAUUAACCGGAUAUUAACUGAGCAAGAUAAGACAUUCACAAGGUUCCGUUGUAUCAAAAUCAAAAUAAUGUAGCACAAAUCUAUACAAUUGUAUAUUUAAAGAUUGUAUAUUUAAAAAUAUAUUUAAAGAUAUUUAUUACUUGUAGAAAUUAAUGGUAUAUUUAAAGAUAUAUUUAUUGCUUGUAGAAAUUAAGUUGUGAUUACGUCUCAUGAAAUAAUUUUAUCUUGUGCAAAUGUGAUAAAAAUUUCAUAAAGACCUCAUAUCGUCUGCAAAUUUAUCUUAUAGAAAAUUCAAGUAGAAAUAUGAAUAUUGAUCAAAAAGAAUCAUUUUGUAACCGAGAAAAUAAUACCAAUAAAAAAACAAUAAACACUUGUAAGGCCUAGACUGCAAGCAGUAACUGCCAGUUAACUGCUUCCGAAGAAGUAAAAGUCUGAUUUUCUAAUUAUAAUAAAACAAUAAGUAAAGAAUACGAGUCGAAUACAGUUUAGAUAGUUAGAAGACUAUGUUACGCUAGUUCUGUGUCUUUAAGGCUACUUCCGAAUGUAGAAGUGAAAAGUUAUAAAAAUAUGAUUAGAAGAAUUUGCUGUAUAGUAGUCGAUGUUUUGUAAACUUUUGUACUUUUGUAAAUAUUCAAUAUAUUGAUGUUCUCUUGUUCCUCGAAACAUAGCUACUUUGCGAGAAUCAAUGUCCAAUUAAUAUAUCAUAUAACAUAUUGAUAUCACAUACACACAUGUAUAUUAAUAUAUAAAGAAAUGUA